GGCCUCUGCUUCGGGACACGACAGGACACACAGGCUGUUGAAAACACGGGAACGUAAGGUGGUUGGAGCCCGCGGUGGUGAUCUCUUGGGAGGACGGAGGAGUCACCUCUCCUUCAACGCUACUACCGCUAGCUCCUGCAUCAUUUUUUGCUCAAGAUGUCACCAGCAGCAGAAGCAAGCAUUGACGCGGAGCCGAGCCCCACCGCCAUCACCGCCACGACGACGGCUCUACUCGUUAUCGACAUGCAGCGAGAUUUCCUCGAGCCGGGAGGCUUUGGAGAGUCCCUCGGCAACGACGUCUCCGUCCUGCGGACGGCCAUCGCGCCGUGUUCUCAGGUGCUCAGCGCCUGCAGGGCCUGCCCGGGCCUGCUCGUCUGCCACACCCGCGAGGGCCACAGGCCAGAUCUCUCGGAUCUACCCAGGCACAAGUUAAUGCAGAGUCCAGAGGGUAAGAGGAUCGGUGACCUUGGCCCAAUGGGGCGCAUCCUCGUGAGGGGGGAGAGAGGGCACGACAUCAUCCCUGAGUUAUACCCCCUGCCGAUGGAACCGUGCGUCGACAAGCCCGGCAAGGGGGCGUUCUUUUCCACCGACCUCGAAACAAUAUUGCGGUCUCGCGGGAUAGAGACUCUGAUUGUUUGCGGCGUUACCACCGAGGUCUGCGUACAUACCACCGUGCGAGAGGCUAACGACCGAGGCUUCGCCUGUGUCGUGGUCGACGAGGCGUGCUCCUCCUUCUUUCCGGAGUUCCACAGGGUGGGCCUGUCCAUGGUCAUGGCUCAGGGGGGCAUCUUCGGCAGGGUCGCGUCGGUGGCAAGCGUGGUCAGGGCCGUGCGCGAGCUCGCCGGUGCUGGUGCCGGCGCUGCCGACCCUUCUUCUUGAUAUGUCGUGUUUUGCCUUAGCAAACAUGCUCGGGUUCUCCCCUCUGCGGAACAUGUAAACAGGUGGGAAGGUGCUUGCUGAUAGCGUUGCCUCCUGAGGGUCUCCGUAAGGUUUGUGGUAGAGGGACCAGAGCUGUCAGAGUGGCGACGGCAGGCUGGGUGCGCGCGUUUUUGUGCGUGUUGUUUGUUGUGAGCAAACUACAUAGCGUCCCGUAGAGUAGCAAGCUAUUUUCCAGAGGUUUCCUGUUUUAAAGGCGCUCGCGAUGCUCGACUCCGCCGCUAUUGUGUAUCUGGCUAGCUGGUUUGCGAGAAAAUUGGAGCGGUAUCUGCCACUCAGACUCACUUGAGGGUUCCAUUGACUAGUGUGCGGUAGUGUAGAGAUGCCGAGACACAUUGAACGCGUCCGUGCCGACUGUGGUUGCCCAUAAAGUUGAGUGCGUCAUGUGGGCGUAUUGUCCAUAUCACCCUACCUUGGUGUAAAUUCUUGUAGACAAGUGUAUUUCACGUAUUGGAUCGUGCCAUUUGAGUUCCGACGACCUAGACCACACGCUUACCAGAGAGGUUGGGCAUGUUCUCGACGAUGUUGAGCAUUUUCUGGCUGGUGGUCCUACCCCACCUGCCCUCUGUCGGGGCCACGAGUUCGCCCCACAUCAUGCAGUUUUGGAAGUCGGCGUGCCGCGUAUACCAUGUAACACGAUUUUCGGUCCGGACUUGGCGCUUUCGGUCAGUACGACCCUACUGUAGUCUAGAUUGUUUUGCAAGACACAAGGUAUGCAUCUCUCUUGUGGUCGCUGUCAGUACAUAACACGAGCUGCUGCUGGUAGAGGUCACGGUGUGCGGACUAUAACCACUGGGAAGUUAGUGGAGUGCAGGUGGAAAGCACUCGAAACCUCGUCAAAUAGAAUUGGAACCCGUUGUGGGAUGACCGAUUGAUACCGGCCU